AAAAAAAAUGCACUUACGGCGGACUAUACAAGAACAUGCGAGAAAACUAUGGAAGAUUGCCAUUGUCGUAGUACCGAAUCAACCCACGAGCCGUUUACCAACUGUUACAUAAUUGACAACACCGUCAUAAUCGACGACGCCUCCAGCACGGUUGCCGCUACCAGUUAGAACCGACUUUCGGAAGCCCCAUUCAAGUUCAGCGCAGCUGCCGUUGGAUCACCAGCAGAAACAGCUGCGAUUGAAGUGAAGGGAAGGGUCAUCACCAGUCGUGAUUACAGUGCUAGGAAAACAACAACGAAUCGACGACGACGACGGCAACCAGGGCGAUAAUACUUAGAAGCAACAGCUCCCGUGUCGUGUAUUGUUCCAGCCCUGCCUCAACAUAGUUUCGGAAGAAAGAAGUUGGUUGGAAAGGGACUGUAGAGCUGCCUCGAGGAGAGUGUUCGCGGAGAGUGUUUUCGCAUUCAAUUAGCCCUUUUUGACGACGCACGGCCUCCAACUAAGUCCGUCGUAGAAUUUCGAACAGCCGCAACCCAUUGAUUGCCGAGACUUGACGCGCGGUUGUGCUGUUUAUUGUUGACAAGACGAAGACGAGUUCCCCGAAGACGGUUGUCGUGUGGAAAAAUACCCUAAGAAGUGAAGAAACGGGCGCGGUUAUUUUAAGAAAAGCAAAGUUGCAAGGAAAACAUUCCUUUUGGUUCAGUAUUUCGCGCGAGGCGAGUCAGUGAUAAGUUCACAUUUGCUCGAAUUCAAUUAGUCAGUGCGGUUCUAACGAAAGGUUCGCUAUCAAUCCUCCUACGUAGCUCGAGUGAGCGGUCGGUUUCGCGCUUAUCAUUUGCGACGCGAAGGUAGAGAAAGUGGGUGCAAAAAGUUCGGUUUUGGCGAGUGCUUAUCAAACAGCUCAACGUGACGCCGCGACACGACCUGAUGGGUCUUCAGUUUCUGAUCUGUGAUUACAACGAAGGUGCCAAUCGAAAGUAGUGGUCGCAUUCCUGCGGUUUUGUUUUGUUUUCUGCGUAAUAUCGCCGUACUGCGAUAGUACCAAAAGUUCAACUUGAAAUAUUCAAGGUCAACGAUAUGUUUUGGUUUUUGUGCUGAAGAAGUCAACGUGUGUUGCUUCAAUCGGGUAUACAGUGUCGUGUAGCAUCUUAUUAUUGCUUAGUUGAAAGAAGAAGAUGGUGAAUAGAAAAAUGUCCGCAUUAGGUCAUCAGGUGAACAUGAACAAUUUCUUUUCGCUGUUGGUGGGGGCCUCCCUGGUGGCGGCCAACUCGUCGCCAAACCAUGACCUCAACUCGUUUUCCCAACCGACCGAAUUCUCAAACGGAGUUUCGUCCUUUGCUCUACCGGCCGAAGACCGUAUGGCGUUCGAUAGUUACACCCUAGCCUAUCUGAACUACUCGUUCGUCAACAGUGAAAACGAUGAGUUCAGCUCUGGAGAGCUAUCCGGAAAGUUCGGGGAAGGGCGGGUUCUGAAUCGGACCGGUCUGUUGGUACAUAUCACCAAGUCGGACGAUCUGAACGAGCACCGGGCUUGCACCAGCGAUUUGAACGGAACCAAGGGCGAACCGCUGCCCAUGGGAGGCGUUUCGUGGAUAGCUCUGAUUCUGCGUGGCAACUGCAACUUUGAGGAGAAAGUCAGGCACGCCUAUGAGAAAGGCGCCGCCGGAGUUAUCAUCUACAACGAUAAGGACGAUCCGCGGCUGGAUAAGAUGAAGAUUAACGACAAAGAACCAUUUGUGAUCCGGCACUUUGCAAAUACAAGUAACGUCAAUUUGUUCGCCAUGCUGCGCAGCAGCAACGGUCUGAGGAACUGA